AUGUCUGUUGCAAGCGAUUCUGGUAAACAAUAUCAUCUGGAAUGCACGGGCCUCGCGUUGGACACUGUCAAGAAACACAGCGCCAAGGAGGACAUCACACUUUUUGGGAGCUGUUUUUGCCCGUUUGUCCAGCGAGUUUGGGUCUCUUUUGAGUUCCUCAGCAUUCCGUACCAGGUGAACGAAGCCGAUCCUUAUAAGAAGCCCCGGGAUCUCCUUGAAGUGUCCCCGAAGGGCCUAGUACCCGGCUUGAAAUUCAACACAUGCAAUCCGCCGAGAGCCCUCAACGAAAGUACGGUAAUCAUGGAAGAUCUCGAAGAUCUCUCCGCUCGCACCGCGUCUUCCACCCUCCUUCCGCCCCUCACGGACCCCUAUGCUCGUGCUCUGGUCCGGCUCCAGGCCGACCAUGUCAAUCGAGCCCUGGUACCGACAUUCUAUCGCUUCCUACAAGCUCAGGACACUGCCACUCAAAUUGAGACGAGCAAGAAACUCCAUGCGACUCUUGAGGAGCUUGUGUCUCUCUUGGAGCGCGCAGAUAGGGAGACAGAGGCCGGAUCAGGUCUCUGGAAGGAAGGAGGGACACUUAACUGGACGGAUGUCAUGGCCAACCAUGUAUGGUUGUUCCGCACGAUCAACGUGCUCAAGCACUACCGGGCUUUCGAUCUUCCUGUAGGACCUCGAUUCGCCGCGUGGCUUCAUCGUAUCUUCGAACAUCCCGCAUUCAAGAGCACCUGCAGCACUGAGCAGCUGUAUUUGGAUAGUUAUGAGAGGUAUGCAUAUAACCGUCCGAACACGAGUCAGGUUGCGAAUGCGAUCAACUCUGGCCAACCUCUACCUUGA